AUGUUAACCGCUAUCCUAUUCUCGACGCUAGCAGCCCAACAUCUGUCGGUACUCGCCCUUCCAUCGAACAUCGCAUCUCGACAGGAAGCCGAUGCCGCGACGUUCGACAUGGCCCAGAACUGUUUCGGUGGCUACAGCCUCCCCAACAUCACCGCAAGUAGCGUGACCUGGACACCGGAACCGGGCGAAUAUCAGGCCAAGACGAUCAUGAACUCGGUCAUCCGCGCCACUUGGUUGAGCGAUGCUCGACGGGUCGCGGAUCUGGUCGGCCCGGGCAACUGCGAUGUGCAUCUCCUGACCGAAUAUACUCAGCCAGGGGCACCUGCCUGGUAUCGCGCUGCGGCCGAUAUCGCCGAACAAGACUUUCAGGCUCGCGGGCAGGGGUCGCUCGAGCGAGCGUGGCAACUCGUGACCAAUGCGUCUAUCGACUUUAUCGAUCUGCCUGAUUGUGAGGCGGGAAACAUCAAGAAGGUUGCGGAUGUUCUGGCCACUCGUGGUACUAGGCAGCCAUUGACAGUACAAUGGAAUCCCGCCAAGAUGCCUAAUCCGACACAGCACGACACCGCUACAUAUGGCAAUGGGUCCAUCCUGAACUACGGCGCCGUAUAUGGAAACAGCGACGGAGGCAAUUCCGUGAACAUCGGUGCUGGAGAUUCAGCUGUCAGCAUCGCAUACCCCUUGCAGGACCUCUGUAAAGCCGACUUUGUCGUAUGGGGUCCGUCUUGCAAUGUCACCGUGCCUCAAGGCAUGAGCGAAGACGAAACUGUGAAAUGCAGUUGCUUUGGUCCUUACAAACAGCAGUAGCACAAUCGUUUCCCCACGAAAGAGACCAGUUCACGUCUAUAGUCGUGUAGCAUUUGGGACACACUAAAUUCUUCGCUCAC